AUGGGUUGCAGUCAUUGGACAAAACAACAACAACACGACGAAGCAGAUGCUACAAUAAAUAAACUGAAUCAAAAUGGUUUUAAAAGUCUAGCUUAUGUUACAACUGAAUUUGAUAUGUCAGAAUCCGAAAGUGACGAUGAAGAAAAACUUUAUUCUUUUCAAUCCAUCAAGAAAAACCAUAGACAAAUAUUAACAACUAAAGCUUCUUCACCAUUAAAUGAAUCGAAUUCCGUAAACAAAACAUCUUUCACAGUAGCUAAUAGUGUUUUGAACAAUCGCCUUAUUCAAUCAGGCGUUUAA